UCAGGUGGCUAUGUUGGUGAGCGUGACUACGAGACGCGACCCGCAGAACAAAUACCGCGACGCGCGAUCGUUAAAUAUAAACAGACUUGCUUCUGCAGAGACAUAGUUUCUAAAUUACCCCGAUUUCUUCUCUUUUAUUAUAUUCAAUCAACAUCCCUUAGAGGAUGAAUAUUUCCGCCACCAUGAAUAUCAAAGCGAGAAGAAAAGGGACUCCCAAUCCUGCCCAGGGAUGGUUACCGCUAUCGAAUAACAAUCAAUUCAAGAAGAUCACAUUUGAUAGUUAUCAUGCGCAUCUCAUAUCGAUUGCGAAAGCUUUCCAUGUCGCAAAUGAGGAAUUUCUCGCCAUAGUCGAAGAAUACUUGCGAUGGAGAGCCUGGUCAAACGCAAGAUAUGCUUUUGGCUUUAAAAGUCAGAAGCCGGGAAGAUUCACCGACGACGAUCUCAGCGUGCUCAAGGAUUUAGUUCAGGCAGGGCCGCCGGAGGGGAAAUUCGGGGUCCCGCAACUCCUUGAACGACUGCGCCAGACUUCGUACAUCGACAUCUGGAGAAGGGCUAUCGAGAAUAUGGCUUAUCUCAAAAACCACCCUAAACAUUAUACGAAAAAACAUCAGACAAGCGGGAGGAAACGAGCCGAGAGGAUUAAAGAGUGUCGGGUCAUCGUCGAGACCAGUUAUGGAAAAGUGGAGAAUGAACUUCGGAACCAGAUGCUCUUUGGUGUUUGCGACGGUAUCCUUGAGAAGAUGGCGAUGCUUCGUAAAUACGAAGAUGCGUACCCCGUAUCAUCCUCGGAUAGCAGUCCAGGAACCCGAUUUCAAUUCUCAGUGUCAACUCUUCUUGGCGGUACCUCGGUGUGGAUGUUUUUGUCUCUAAUACCUAUGGGCAUAGCGUGGAUGAAAUCGACUAGCACUUCUGGAUCUACUGGAGAUUCUGAUUUUUGGACGUUAAUCCAAUCUUCAAUGAUGCAAAUCUUAGGCCUCGCCCUCGCGGUCUGCAAUAUCCCCCGAAAAUCGACAGAGCGAUCUACUGCUUGGACAUGCGCGCUCAUUCUCACGUGUUUUGGUAUCGUGUGUGCUCUCGCAUCAAUACCAACGUACCUCUAUCUAUCGACUAUGUGGAGCAAUCUCUUGUCGUACGGGGCAACUAUCGCACAGACGAUUGUGAUGCUUGAAUUGACUUUGAUGACCGAUCAUUCUAAGAUAAAGCAGACUUGAUCAGAUCAUCUACGAAUUGUUAUACGUUCACUCUGAGAGCGUAUUAAUUUAAUGGUGCACGUUAAUCCGGCGUACCCAAAUUAAUGUCAACUGCAAGCGAAGCGGAGUGAGGAGCAAUGGGUUGAGGAGUUAAGGGUUAGGGUUUGGGUUAGGGUUAAGAUACCAUCCAUUCAUUA